AUGACCAUAGAGGAUCUCCCAGAACCUUCCCCAGCAGGAGAUUCCCUCAUUGACAGAGAACGCUUCUUAUUCCCCAACUCUGAAGCGUCUGUAACGUUUUCUGUUGCUGCAGCACCAAUGCCUUCAGACUGUGAAUUUUCCUUCUUCGAUCCCAAUGAUGCAGCCUGCCAGGAAAUACUUUUCAACCCCAAAACAUCAGUUUCUGAACUGUUUGCCAUCUUAAGGCAGUGGGUUCCACAGGUCCAGCAGAACAUCGAUAUUAUUGGGAAUGAGAUCAUUAAAAGGGGUUGCAAUGUGAACGACAGAGAUGGACUGACUGACAUGACUCUCUUGCAUUACACUUGCAAAUCAGGGGCUCAUGGUAUUGGUGACGUUGAAACCGCUGUAAGAUUUGCGACGCAGCUUCUUGAUUUGGGUGCUGACAGCAGUUUACGCAGCCGCUGGACAAAUAUGAAUGCCUUGCAUUAUGCUGCCUACUUUGACGUUCCAGAGCUUAUUAGUGUUAUUUUGAAAAAUGCAAAACCAAAAGAUGUGGAUGCCACCUGUAGCGACUUUGAUUUUGGAACAGCUCUGCAUAUCGCCGCAUUUAACCUGUGCACGGGAGCUGUCAAGUGCUUGCUGGAACACGGAGCAAACCCUGCCUUCAGGAAUGACAAAGGGCAGAUUCCAGCAGAUGUAGUUCCUGAUCCGGUCGAUAUGCCACUGGAAAUGGCAGAUGCGGCAGCCAGCGCUAAAGAGAUCAAGCAGAUAUUGCUGGAUGCAGUGCCUCUCUCGUGUGACCUCUCCAAAGCCAUGAUUCCAAACUAUGACCGUGUCACAGGCAAGGCCAUGCUGUUAUCGCUUGGCCUCAAGCUGGGAGAUCGUGUUGUGAUUGCAGGACAGAAG